UGCUUCCCCUUUUCCCUAAUAAAUACUCUGAUUUCAGGUUCAUUCUCAAAUUGGAAACUCCACACUCCGAAUCCCACUCCCACAAGUGGCAAUUGAAGAACAGAACCAUCUGUGCCAUAUGGGUCCUCUCUUCUUCCUUUCCAAACAUUAAACAUUUCCAGAUUUCGGACCAUAAAAUCGGGGCGUUUCUGUAAAAACUUGGGUUUCUUUGCUUUGCUUUGCACAUGUUUUCUGAAAAGUUGAACCCAUUUUAAUAUUAUAUUUCGUUUCCAUUCCGAGUGGGGGAUCCCAGAAGAGUGCUGCCGGUGCGCUCGAUUUUGUAAAAAUAUUCUGUUUCCUUAGUGGGAGAUAUCUGAGAACCCGGCUGAGAUCCCCUUCCCUUCCCUUCCCUUCCAUUGUUUAUAACACACAACUCUAUGUACGCCUUCUUUUCUCCGUCAUUUCAAAUGGAGAUGAGCAUGAGCUUUUCAAACGACAUGGGUGAUGAAUAUCAAAAGCUUAUCAGAAGAAUGAACCCACCCAGGGUCGUAAUCGACAACGAAUCCUGCAAAAACGCCACGGUUGUUCGGGUGGACAGCGCUAACAAACAUGGCAUUCUUCUAGAAGUGGUUCAAGUCCUGACUGAUCUUAAUCUUAUCAUAACCAAGGCUUACAUUUCUUCCGAUGGGAAUUGGUUUAUGGAUGUUUUUAAUGUCACGGAUCAAAAUGCGAACAAGGUUGUGGAUGAAGGGAUUUUAGAUUACAUAAGAUCAUCUCUUGGUCCCGAUUCGUGCUUUACAUCUUCCAUGAGAUCUGUUGGUGUUGAACCAUCCACAGAUCAUACUGCAAUUGAGCUCGUAGGCAGUGAUCGACCCGGACUUCUCUCUGAAGUGAGUGCUGUUUUAACUCACCUUAAAUGUAGUGUAGAAAGGGCUGAAGUGUGGACGCAUAAUACCCGAGUCGCCGCAGUGAUGCACGUGACCGACGAGGAAACCGGUUCUGCAGUUACUGACAUGGAGAGACUGUCCACAAUCAAGAAGUUGCUUUGCAAUGUACUGAGAGGCAGCAACAAAUCCAGAGGAGCCAAAACCGUGUUCUCUCAUGGGGUUAUCCACACUGAGAGAAGACUUCACCAAAUGAUGUUCGCAGAUCGGGAUUACGAGCGACUGGACGAUGAAAUCUCGGAUGGGAAACAGAAGCCAAAUGUGAAUGUUAUCAAUUUGUUUGAUAAAGAUUAUUCAGUAGUCACCAUACAAUGCAAGGAUAGACCAAAGCUUCUGUUUGACACAGUUUGCACAUUGACUGAUAUGCAAUAUGUUGUUUUCCAUGCAAAUGUUGAUGCUGAAGGGCCAAAGGCGUAUCAGGAAUAUUAUAUUAGACACAUAGAUGGAUCCCCUGUGAAUUCAGAAGCAGAGAGGCAAAGGUUGAUACAAUGUCUUGGAGCUGCCAUUGAAAGACGAGUAUCCGAGGGAUUGAAGCUCGAACUAUGCACUGUUGAUAGCAUUGGCCUACUCUCUAAUGUCACACGUAUCUUUAGAGAGAAUAGCUUGAGUGUCACCCGAGCCGAAGUGAGAACCGAAGGAGGGAAUGCAAUAAACACAUUUUAUGUGCGCGAUGCAUCGGGUUAUCCUAUCGAUUCCAAGACAAUAGAUUCCAUAAGACAACUGAUUGGUCAGACCAUAUUGAAAGUGAAAGGUAGUCCUGGUGAGGCCGAACCUGACUCUCAAGAAUCUCCAACAAGGUUUCUAUUUGGAGGUCUCUUCAAGUCCAAGUCCAAAUCUUUAGUGAACUUUGGGUUGAUCAGAUCAUAUUCUUGAGCUCACUCACAAAUUUCUCCUUAGCCACAAAUAUUUACUAGAGAUCUGUUCAGAAGAUGCGAGAAUUUAACCCAAAAACAGAACAAAAUUGUGGAAGAUUGCUAACACCAUCAAAAAGGGGCAGAGGAAAACAGAGAGUGAAAUUUUAUUCAAUUCACUAACUUCUAAUGCUUCCUUGAUGUUGUGAGGAGAAAGGAAAAUGUGGUUAAAUGUUAAAUCUGUAAUGAUGAUACAAACUAAUCUUAGUAUUGUAAAUAUUUUGUUUUUGUUGUGAGUUUUCUGUUUCAUCAAUUUCCUCCUUCGGGUAUCAACUCGGAGGUGGGAAUUCGAAACUUUUGACCUAAAAGAAAGAUCAGUAGUAUCGUAAUUGAUAGUUACGUUCAAGAUUUA